CUCAAGAUUUUAAACGUUUUAUUUAACAAAGCAUUCCUCCUUCUCAUCGUGUUAGACUCAAACACAGUUAAGCUACUGUAAGGAUCAAGAGACGACAAAAGGUGUAGUUCCAGCUUCCUUUAAUAUCAGAUCAUCGUGGGACGUGGAAAAAGGUCAGCAGCAGGAGGACGAUAUGGAUUUUAUCUCACGAUGAAAAGUGGGUCAGAACGGAGGUGCCUGUGCGCACGCUUCGAUUAUCGAUUGAAACACGUUACGUGCCUUGAGUUCGUACCACUGGAUCUCAUUUACGUGAACACAGUGGCUGUGGACGUUCGUAGUGUAACUUUCUUGCAGUAGGCCAGUGGCUGACAUCUUCCCGUUUGCGGUCCCGUGCACGAGCACGGUUAUUAGAAAAAUGCGGUGAAAUUUCAUGCAAAACGACGUGCCUUUGUGAAAUCGGCCAUUUUGGUAGUGCGUGUUUCACGAAAACGGAUAGGAUCACUUCUGGCAGCUACCCUCAACGGUUGUGUGUGGAAGUGGUGGCAGCUCGGUGUCGCCCACAGGACACAGCCGUAAAGUUGAAAACGAUCGUGUUCCUGUGCCAUUGAAGCAAACAGCCUCGACAAAAUGGCAGGAAACACGGGUAUGGAACAAUUGAUUCCGAUUGUGAACAAGCUGCAAGAUGCAUUCACACAACUUGGGGUGCACAUGCAACUUGAUCUACCACAGAUCGCAGUGGUAGGUGGUCAGAGUGCAGGAAAAAGUUCUGUUCUUGAGAACUUUGUCGGGAAAGAUUUCUUACCUAGAGGAUCAGGCAUUGUAACCAGAAGACCACUUAUCUUACAACUGAUUAAUAGUACAACUGAAUUUGCUGAGUUUCUACACUGUAAAGGUAAAAAGUUUGUGGACUUUGAUGAAGUACGGAAGGAAAUUGAAGCAGAAACAGACAGGAUUACAGGCAGUAAUAAGGGUAUUUCUAACAUACCUAUAAAUUUAAGAGUUUAUUCACCCAAUGUAUUAAAUUUAACACUUAUCGACUUACCUGGCCUCACAAAAGUACCAAUUGGAGAUCAACCAGUAGACAUAGAAGCUCAAAUUAAAGCCAUGAUUUUUCAAUUUAUCAAAAGAGAAAAUUGCCUUAUAUUGGCAGUAACACCUGCAAAUACUGAUUUGGCAAAUAGUGAUGCUCUUAAACUUGCCAAAGAAGUAGAUCCUCAAGGUGUACGUACAAUUGGUGUUAUUACAAAACUGGAUCUUAUGGAUGAUGGUACAGAUGCAAGAGAUAUUCUGGAAAACAAACUAUUGCCUCUAAGGCGAGGUUAUAUAGGUGUUGUUAAUAGAAGUCAAAAAGAUAUAGAAGGUCGGAAAGAUAUUAAAAAUGCUUUAGCGGCUGAAAGGACGUUUUUCCUAAGCCAUCCAUCUUAUCGGCACCUAGCAGAUAGAUUAGGAACACCGUAUUUGCAACGUGUUUUGAACCAGCAAUUAACAAAUCAUAUCAGGGACACUCUACCAGCAUUAAGAGAUAGAUUACAAAAACAGUUACUUGCUUUGGAAAAAGAUGUAGAACAGUACAAACAUUUCAGACCUGAUGAUCCUGCCAUAAAAACAAAAGCUAUGUUACAGAUGAUCCAACAGCUUCAGUCAGAUUUUGAAAGGACUAUAGAAGGUUCAGGAUCUGCACAAAUUAAUACAAUGGAGCUUAGUGGAGGUGCUAAGAUAAAUAGACUAUUCCAUGAACGUUUUCCGUUUGAAAUAGUUAAAAUGGAAUUUGAUGAAAAAGAAUUGAGAAGGGAAAUUGCUUUUGCCAUUAGGAAUAUUCAUGGUAUCAGGGUAGGUUUGUUUACUCCUGAUAUGGCCUUUGAGGCAAUAGUUAAGAAGCAAAUCAAUAGACUCAAGGAACCUAGUCUAAAAUGUGUGGACCUAGUUGUACAGGAGCUCAGUAACGUUGUACGCAUUUGCACCGAUAGAAUGUCACGUUAUCCUAGAUUGAGGGAAGAAACGGAACGUAUUAUUACCACUCAUGUUAGACAACGUGAACAAAUGUGUAAGGAGCAGCUGGUACUUCUGGUGGACUGUGAACUUGCCUACAUGAACACGAAUCAUGAAGAUUUUAUCGGUUUUGCCAACGCGGCAGCCAGUAGCCAUAAUGCAAGUGCACAACAGUCCUCGGAAAAUGCAGUGAAAUCUGGUCGUCAUACAUUAGGCAAUCAAGUGAUACGUAAGGGUUACAUGUGCAUCCACAAUCUUGGUAUAAUGAAAGGUGGUUCUAAAGAUUAUUGGUUUGUCCUAACAUCGGAGAGCAUUUCAUGGUUCAAGGAUGAAGAAGAACGCGAGAAGAAGUACAUGUUACCUUUAGAUGGAUUAAAAUUACGAGAUUUGGAACAAGGUUUCAUGUCCCGACGUCACUUGUUCGCUUUGUUUAAUCCUGAAGGCAGAAACGUUUACAAGGAUUCCAAACAGCUUGAGUUGAGCUGUGAAACACAGGAUGAUGUUGAUUCUUGGAAAGCUUCUUUCCUUCGAGCUGGUGUAUAUCCUGAGAAGUCAACGGAACAAGCAAAUGGCGAAGGGGAGGAAGGAUAUGAGGGUGGAUCGGAAGCUCAGUCAUCAAUGGAUCCUCAGUUGGAGCGUCAAGUGGAGACUAUCAGGAACCUUGUUGAUUCGUACAUGAAGAUUGUCACCAAAACUACUCGCGAUCUGGUUCCAAAGACAAUUAUGCAUUUGAUCAUCAAUAAUGCAAAGGAUUUCAUCAAUGGAGAGCUAUUGGCUCAUCUGUACGCAAGCGGUGAUCAGACUUCAAUGAUGGAAGAAUCACCGGAAGAGGCACAAAAACGGGAAGAAAUGUUACGCAUGUAUCACGCAUGCAAGGAAGCACUUCGUAUCAUCGGGGAUGUUUCAAUGGCGACGGUUACUACUCCGGUACCACCGCCGGUGAAAAACGAUUGGUUGGCGUCUGGCGAGAAUCCAAGUCUUGGGUUAUCACCACCAUCACCUGGUGGGCCAAGACGUGGAGUGACACAGCCACCACCUCUUUCUAGUUCUCGUGCUCCACCACCGGUGCCAACAGGAGGCCGUCCAGCACCGGCUAUUCCUAACAGACCCGGACCUGGUGGACCUCCACCGGCCCGCUCUACACCUGGCCUACCUCCUCCUAUGGUACCAUCUCGUGGGGGUGGUCUACAGCAGAGGGUGACGCAAGCUGCGACGCAGGCCGCUACUAAUGCCGCCGUGAACGAGCUGAUGGACGCAUUCAAGAUCAAGCGUCCUGUACCCAAUAUUCCUCCCCGAAUUCCCGACAGACCAAACUACGGCCGAUUACACUGAGCUAGUCCAUGGAAAGCACGCGACACCUGUGCGUAGGAUAUCGUUGCGAAACGAGUCGACGAGCGGAACAGGAGAAACGACAGCUCAGAAGCAAACUGGUAGAUGCGAGCAAAAGCUGUACGGAUGAAUCCGGGGGUGAGAAUCCUCUCGAGGACCGGGUCCAUUUCCGUGUGCUCUUCCUUAAUAUCGAUUCCACGAAAAUGGUCAACAUCGAAAUCGUCGCUUCGUGCCGUGCUAAAGAUUCGAAGAGGAGGCACACGAUCAGUGAAACGGGAGGAACAAGGCUGUGCCACUAAAAAACGAAAGAGAAAGAGGGACCAAGAAUUGAACGGAACCUAAACCCCGACGCACAGAGAAGACAAAGGAUCUAAUCCGAUUCAAAGAACCGGAGAUUCGGUCACUUCUACUUCUUCUUUCUCUGAUAAUUUCGUCUUCUAUGUUUAUUUAUGUAACGUUAGACGCGUUUAAGUUACGUGUUAGCUGUUAAGUAUUAGAAGUCGGUGCGCUCGAUGCGUCCGAUUCGCUCUGGAGGAACGAUGAUUAGCUCGUGUCCGCGAUAAGGGUUCUCCGGCCAGAAGCGACGCGAUUAUCGAGCCGCGUUAAUGGUCGCGUUUUUUCGUUAAUCAGUAUUAAUAGGUGAGAGGGGGUAAUCGAUGAUUCGCUUUCGCUCGUAUCACCGCGAACGCGCUUUGUUGACGAAACCUUUCGUUCAGUUUACACAAUUCGGGGAAUCCACGAUAGUCGAGAUGAAAUCUUUUUAAAACCACAGGGUGUUCCUUUAUAUAAAAUUUGAAAAAUGAUGGGCCAUUUAAGGGAUGCAAAUUUUUCUUAAUAGUUCUAUUUGGUUUAAUAUCAGUUUUAUCAUUUUUCUUUUUUUAGUAUGCAAUUAACAGCUAUUAAUUUGUUACACUUUAUCGUAUAUAAUAGGACAUCCUGUAUAAAGAUCGAGCUACACUUAAAACGCCACGGAAGAUCAAACCAGGUCGAUGAUGAUAAAGAAUCGCUUCUUACCGGAGAACCUCUAAGAUAUUGUUAAAACGAGAUUCGUGGAUGAUGAUAACGUGCAACCCGAUUACCUCGAUGUGUAGAACUCGCUAGAAAAGUACAUGGUUCGCCCUAUGAUUUGUAUAAAAAAAAAAAAAGAAAUGGGUCGAACGAAAUGAUAUUCGAACAACAGCAUUCCAGAGAGAACGGCUGUGCGGGAGGAAAUGAAAAAAAGGGAACCACGACUCUAAACAAUUCUUUUUGUACGAUUUAUUUAUUGAAAUACGUUUACUACGAUGCCAUUUAACAGCUCGAAUUUGUUAGUUAGCAAUCGAGUCGCGAACAACGAAAUUAAUGAUAGAUGUAAAUUUCUUCUCAACACGUGCGUACGUGUGAUCGUCGUUUUCAACAUUUUUACUUGUUUUUACGAUUAUUUUUGCAUCUUACGGUUAGAGCUGUUGUGAUAGACGCUUUCGAAGGGACAUCCCUCGAGCUACGAUCGUUGUUUUAACAAACGCCACAAAAUUGUAUAUAGAAAAUCGAAGUCCAAGCAUAGUAUUACGUGUCGAUGUACGUACUAGGGUGAAAGAGAAAAAUUUCAAUUUCCUUUUUUUUUUUCUUUUUUUUGUAAUACCAAACUUUUCACGCGUCGAUAGCCAGUCCACUAUGGAUAACGACACUGACUGACGAGUAAUGUACCUAGGACACGCGACGAAUCAAAUAAAUGAUAUUUAAUACGAAA